AUGGAGCCUUCCUGUUUUACUAACGUAAAGGAGGCCUUAAUAUCUUCCGCUGAGGCUCUUCUUAUUGAUCAUUCAAGUACUAAAACCGAGGAAGAUGUAAUUUCCAACAAAAUUCAUCAAAACAACAGUAAGAGAGAGGAGCUUGAGCAAAAGGCUAACUCAAUCAGCGAGAAGAUCAAAGGUCUAAAAUUAAUGUUGGAUGAAACAUGGAAGGAAAUCACUUCUGUACAGUACGGGACAGCCGUUCAUUUAGCCUCUCUGCAAAAGUGCUCUGAAAGCAUUGAGGUGCAAUUGAAGGAAGUUGAGAGAGCAGAUCUUGAAUACACGUCGUUGAAAACAAGGGUUGAAGAGUUGUCUGCUCAGUACGUCGAGUUAGGAGCACAAUUUCAGGCCGAGGAGAAGAGAAAAGCUGAACUCGCCAGGCAACUCAAAGCAGCGGUACAAGCCAAAAACUCUGCUGAAAAGCAAGUUGAGUGCGCAACUCAAAAGCUCGGAGAGGUAGAAAAGAGUAUAUCCGAGAGCAACGGAAAACUGUUGGAGAUGCAAUCAGAGCUCAAACAAGAAGAACAGAACUUGGAGAAUGUUGUUGGCCUUCUCAAGACCGUAGAAGAACGUUUAACCGUGAUCAAGAACGAUAUUGUUCAUGCAAAUGAAAGAAUUGAAGCAAAAAAUUUACAGAUUCAAGGAUUGCAGGCCACACUCGAAACAGCGAAGGAUGACAAGCACAAUACUCAGAGAACGUUUGAGGUCAGAUUGCGAAGUUGUUAUGAUGAGGUUCUUGAACAGAUGGCGAAGGACGUUGAGGCUCAGUGUGUUACGAUUGAGGAGGCCAAACUGAAGAUUCAAUCAACGAUCGAUGAAAACAAAAGGAUGCAGGAAGCGAAUAAUAGUAACAAAGAAAUUAUUACUCAAAUGCGAGGGCAACAAGAAAAGACGACCAAAGAACACGAAGCAAUUCAAAAGCAAGUAUCUUCCCUGAAAUUUGAGGCAGAAGAGCUUAGAAAGUAUAAAUCAUCUCUUGAGGACGAGUUGAAAAGUAUCAAAAAGUCCGUAGAAUCAUCCAGGACCGAACUCGAGAAACGAAAAUCAAUUCAUGAAGCAAAUAUUAGAAACGUUUCUACAAUCGCUGAAGAGAGACAACGUGAACUCCAUGAGAGGAAAACCAAAAUUAAUGAACUAUCAUCCAAGCUUACCGACAUUCAACAUUACCUUUCCUCGCUUGUUGAUUGCAAAACGUCUUUAGAGACAGAGAUGGAACAACUCUUCAGUUCCAAGCAAGUCAUAGAUGCUGAAGUUCACCGAUAUUCCCACAGCAAUGAUGAAUUGAUUUGUAAAAUAGAAAAGCAAAAGGAGGAGUUACAAGCUCUAGCACGGUCAAAUAGAGAAUCCCAAAAUUUAGCAAGACGAAUUGAAGAGCAAAUCAAAGCAAGACAAGAGAUAAAGGAAAAAAAGGCAGUUUAUGAGGAAGAGAAAAGAAAACUUUCAAAGGAGCUGGAGAGCAAAAAAGAGGAAAUAGAAAAACAUGAAAAAUCACUACUGAACGACAAAUUGGUGCUGUUGAAAGAGGAAAGAGCGAGAUUUGACGAAGAAAGUAGCGCCCGUAACAAGAAAAUUGUAGUUGACUAUGAGAGGGAGAGGAACAGAAAAAGCGAUGUAAUUCAAAACCUUAAUGAUUCCAUCGUUUCACUUAAAACCAAGCCUGCUAGCCCAAUAACACCAAUCAAAAAGAAGAAGAAAUCCAUUGCUGAGCAGGCCGAUGUCCUUGACGACCUUUCCAUGUUCACUUUAAAAACAAUGCAAAAGAAACCUAAAUCUAGUUCUGCCAAGAAAAUGACCAGCUUAACCCAAGAAGACCACACGGCCAAAACGUCGACUGAUGUAAAAACGCCUUCACCCAAAAAACAAAAAGGUGAAAAGAAAAGAAAAGACCAUAACGCAGAGGAAUCUACUGGAAGAAAAAAACCAAAAGAGUCUCCCAAAAUCUCGAAAACUCCGUCCACUGCAAAGAAAAAGUCGACCCCCGCUUCAAGUAGCAAACUGAACAAUUCCCAAUUGUCCAUUUUCGAUUUUAAUGAAUAG